ACAAUUUGAUAAAAAAAAGUUUUUUAUUUUAGUAGUGCUAUUUUACAAUGUUUUAGGAACUUCAUAUAAAAGUUUAAAAGCAUAUAAUGAUGUUCAAAAAUUAUUUGCUGGAAGUUCUCAUGUGUGCAUGUAAUCCAAAAGUAUAUUCGAUUAAAUUCAUUAAGUCAAAAAUAAAAAUUUUUUUUUAAAUUUUGUUUUGAUGACUAGGAACAGUGUAAAAACAUUGACACAGUAUUUGUAAUUUCUAUUAUUUAUUUAAAAAAUGAAUAACAAAUUGUUCAAAAUUUAGCGAAUAAGCCCAUCAUUCACCUUCAUGUAAAAUGAUGUAUUCACUAAAUUUGUCUCUGACUUCUGCAGCUUUGAUCGAUGAUUUUCGAGGAAUUUGACAAAUGGGUAAAAAUUAUUAUAAAUUCUGAUGUUCUCUUCUUUAGGAUCCUUAUAAAUCAUUGUUCGGCACAUUUAAUAUGAAUAGUCUUGCAGUCAGGUGGGAAUAUAAGUGAUCUAAAAUCCCUUUACAAAUUAAUCAAUAGUUAUAUAGUCGGUUCUAAAAUACUAAAUUAUUUAAAUUUCCAUGUUCCUCAAUGAAAAACUACCUACCUAGGUCUAAUAAUAACACAGAAUAAUAUGCAUGUAUAUAUAUUAUGCAUGGAACCAACUACAGACUGUAUAAAAUAGUCAUCAUAUAUAGAUUUAUUAUGUACAUAAAUUUGGUAUAACAGUGAACAGCACGGACUGAGAUAUAUCUUAGUCCACGGUUAACAGGGCAGUAAUGCAGACUUGCAGUAUCAUUUGCCCACCUUUUUUUUGUCAUUAUCAUAGAUAAUAUACCCGGCAACAAUUGUCACUACGAUUUAAUUUAAGAUAUAAUAAAUAGUUUAAUACUUUAAAUUGUAGGUAUCGCAUACUAUUUUUUUACAGCAUAUACUCAAUACUGCUACAGAAUCAUAGGAUUAUAAUAUUGUCUAUUAUAUUAUUUUAAUUAUUUAUUAAUUAAAUUUUAUCUAUUCUGUGGACCUGUAGUGAUACCCAUAGACAUAUAAUAGAAUGGUGAUACCACAGAAUAUAACAAUACUGAUACUGCCCACCACGAACUAGGAUAUACUUAGUUCGUGCUGCCCACAGGUAUAUUCAUAUUCUGCUUUAUUAUCUAUGACUUUAGCGCGGGAAAAUAUAAAAUUUAUCAUUAUGGCGAUUUGAUGAUAAAUAUGUAAUAUCAGACCAUCAUAAAGGGUAUAAUAUCGAUUUCGAGUUUUGUAUGUAUUUUAAUAUAUUUUAAUUAUUGAAAUUAAGUUGCUAUAACUAUUUUUUGUUUCAUAACAUAUUAGAAUACAUUUCCACUAUAAACUAAAUGGGUACUAUGCAAUUAGGUAGGCCAGUUCUAAAUUCAAGUCACUAUGCACAUCUAUUAUGGUAUGGUAAUAAUAUCCUAUCUAGUCUAGGUCAAGUUGUUUGAAUUUUGAAUGUCACUUUUCAUUGAACAAUGCUCUAUGAUAUUAAUAACUGAUUUACAUACUCAUUGAUAUAUAUGAUAUAUAUUAUUUACAAUGCCUUGAAAUUAAAUUUUGAUUUUGCAUAAUUCAAUAACUACACUAAUCAGUAAUCAUGCGUCGAAGUUUAGCUCCAAGCCAAGUCAAUAAACGACCUUUAAGUGAUUCAAAUGAAUCUAAAAGAGCUUGCGUGAAAUAUAAUGACCAAUCACAAAAAAUUGAACAAAAUUCAAAAGUAGAUGAUAAAUCUACUAUAGCACUUUCUAUAUAUGAACAAAAUAUAAGGAAUAUACUUUCAAAGCCGUUUAAAGUACCAAUAGCAAAUUGGAGUGGUAGCAGUUUAAGUAGAGCUUUAGGUGUUCGUCGUGAUGGUUUACGUCGACCUUUACAUGACCCUACUGCUCCAGAUGCUCUUAUUUUAUAUAUUCCUCCACAAAUUAGUGCUCAUGAUAUUUUAAAAAUGGAUAAAGAUAAAAUAUUAGUUCAUGUUGUUGUUGAUCCAGCUUUAUCAAAAAUACUAAGGCCCCAUCAAAGAGAAGGUGUUAAAUUUAUGUAUGAAUGUGUCACUGGGGUACGAAUAGAAGGUGCAUAUGGAUGCAUCAUGGCGGAUGAAAUGGGAUUGGGAAAAACUUUGCAAUGCAUAACCCUAAUGUGGACACUUUUGAAACAAGGACCAGAAGCUUCACCAACUAUUCACAAAGCUAUUAUAGUUACACCUAGUUCCUUAGUAAAGAAUUGGUGUAAUGAAAUAAAAAAAUGGCUUGGUGGUCGUAUUGGAGCUUUACCUGUAGAUGGAGGUGGCAAAGAACAAGUGGACAAAGUAAUUACUGGGUUUGUUCAAGCUAGAGGACGCAGAACUGUUGAUCCAAUUUUAGUUAUAUCAUAUGAAACUUUUCGUAGUCAUGCUAGUCUAUUACAAAAUGCAGCAGAUAUAGGUCUUGUGUUAUGUGAUGAGGGACAUAGAUUAAAAAAUUGUGAAAAUCAAACUUAUCGUUCAUUAAUGGCUUUAAAAGCAAAACGACGAGUUCUAUUGUCAGGCACACCAAUCCAAAAUGAUCUACUAGAAUAUUUUAGUCUUGUUCAUUUUGUUAAUGAAGGCAUCUUAGGGACAGCUCAAGAAUUUCGUCGUCAAUAUGAAACACCUAUUGUACGGGGUCAAGAUUCCUGUGCUACUGACGCUGAGCAAAAAAAAGCUACAGAACGUUUAGAACAAUUAAUUUCAUUAGUAAAUAGGUGUCUAAUAAGACGUACAUCAGCAUUACUAUCCAAAUAUUUACCAGUUAAAACUGAACAUGUUGUUUGCAUAAAAUUAACACCAUUGCAAAUUGAUUUAUAUCUUCAUCUUCUUAAGUCUGAUAUGGUUACAAAAUCAAUUAAAAGUAACGAUGGGAAAGUUACUAGCAAUGCAUUAGCUGCUAUUACAUUACUUAAGAAGUUAUGUGCUCAUCCAGAUCUUAUAAUAGAUAAAAUAAUGAAUGGUACUGAUGGAUUUGAAAAUUCAAAACAAUUACUACCUCCAUCAUACAUUGCAGCUCAAUCCAAAAAAAAACUCAUGAUUGAAUUAUCAUCUAAAUUAAUGGUCCUUGACACCAUGUUAGCUGUUAUAAAAACUACCACCACUGAUCGUGUAGUAUUAAUUUCUAAUUAUACUCAAACAUUAGAGUUAUUUGAAAGACUAGCAAAAUUAAGAAACUAUACAUUCGUAAGAUUAGAUGGAUCCAUGACUGCUAAGAAAAGAGCGAAAGCUGUAGAUGAUAUUAACAACCCUACUAGUGGUGUAUUUUUGUUUAUGCUGAGUUCAAAAGCUGGAGGUUGUGGAUUAAAUUUAAUUGGUGCGAACAGGUUAGUAAUGUUUGAUCCUGAUUGGAAUCCUGCCAAUGAUGAUCAAGCAAUGGCUAGAGUAUGGAGAGAUGGCCAAAAAAAACCUUGUUUUGUUUAUCGAUUUUUAGCUACUGGAAGUAUUGAAGAAAAAAUGAUGCAAAGACAGGCACACAAAAAAGCCUUAAGUUCUAGUGUGGUUGACUGUGAAGAAGAUGUUGCAAGACAUUUUACUGCUUCAGAAUUACGUACAUUAUUUAAUCUUCGGCAAGACACUAUUAGUGAUACACAUGACAAAAUAAAAUGCACCCGCUGCAUAAAUAAUAUUCAAACAAAACUACCUCCUGUAGAUAGUGAUUGUACAAAUGAUCUUUCUUGUUGGCAUCAUUGUGCAGACAAAAGAUGGCUUGUAGAUCCAGUAUUGAAACAAUGUUGGCAUGCUGGCAUCAGUAUGGUGUUUUAUCAAAAUUCUACAAUUCAUAAAGAGAAACCAAUUGUUGAAGAGGAUAAUGAUGAAGUUGACGAAAAAGAAGAAGAUAAUAAUAUAACUUAAAAUAUAAUAUCCUGAUAAAUGUACUACAUACUUAUAUUACAUUAUUUUUGUUAAUUAUUAAAUGUGUUUAAGUUCUGUUAGACGUAAUAAAUAAUAAUUAAUGAUAUAGGUUCAUUAUAAAAAUUAAAUUCCUUAUAUCUAUAUCCUAUUUAUAAACACUGUUUAAAAUAUACACUACUUGAUUUU